AUGCCAGAGGAUCCUGAAAACAGAGGCAACACCAAACAGCAAGUGCAGGACAAUAUCAAUAAUGCGCUGAACUAUCUUCUGAAUGAACCUGGCAAGACAUUUUUUGAACCCAAGUCCUCCAAUUUUACGAGCUCUUCAAACCAGAUUGAAGGCAGCAUGGACUACAGCUUCCAGGAUGGAGAUACCAUACAACCAGUCAGCUUCCUAAAUGAACUACGUCGGCCAACCACGACAACAUUGCUUCCAGAAACAACAACUGGUUUCUCUGUGACCCCUUCAAAUCUCAUUGGUUCAGCAGUGGUCACAAGCAAGCUGGUGUUCAACUCCUCAUCUCCAGUCCCCAGUGAAGCUCUGGUCCUCAGCGCUAUCAACACUCUCCGUAAUUCCAGAGAGUCACAGCUGAAUGAAUCAGUGAAGGUGGUGAAUGUCAGCUAUGAGAAAAUCUCAGAAACCUCCUAUGCUGUGGUCAUUACAUUUAACCUGGUUAAUAUCAGCAUGCCAGAGGAUCCUGAAAACAGAGGCAACACCAAACAGCAAGUGCAGGACAAUAUCAAUAAUGCGCUGAACUAUCUUCUGAAUGAACCUGGCAAGACAUUUUUUGAACCCAAGUCCUCCAAUUUUACGAGCUCUUCAAACCAGAUUGAAGGCAGCAUGGACUACAGCUUCCAGGAUGGAGAUACCAUACAACCAGUCAGCUUCCUAAAUGAACUACGUCGGCCAACCACGACAACAUUGCUUCCAGAAACAACAACUGGUUUCUCUGUGACCCCUUCAAAUCUCAUAUCUGGUUCAGCAGUGGUCACAAGCAAGCUGGUGUUCAACUCCUCAUCUCCAGUCCCCAGUGAAGCUCUGGUCCUCAGCGCUAUCAACACUCUCCGUAAUUCCAGAGAGUCACAGCUGAAUGAAUCAGUGAAGGUGGUGAAUGUCAGCUAUGAGAAAAUCUCAGAAACCUCCUAUGCUGUGGUCAUUACAUUUAACCUGGUUAAUAUCAGCAUGCCAGAGGAUCCUGAAAACAGAGGCAACACCAAACAGCAAGUGCAGGACAAUAUCAAUAAUGCGCUGAACUAUCUUCUGAAUGAACCUGGCAAGACAUUUUUUGAACCCAAGUCCUCCAAUUUUAGGAGCUCUUCAAAUCAGAUUGAAGGCAGCAUGGACUACAGCUUCCAGGAUGGAGAUACCAUACAACCAGUCAGCUUCCUAAAUGAACUACGUCGGCCAACCACGACAACAUUGCUUCCAGAAACAACAACUGGUUUCUCUGUGACCCCUUCAAAUCUCAUAUCUGGUUCAGCAGUGGUCACAAGCAAGCUGGUGUUCAACUCCUCAUCUCCAGUCCCCAGUGAAGCUCUGGUCCUCAGCGCUAUCAACACUCUCCGUAAUUCCAGAGAGUCACAGCUGAAUGAAUCAGUGAAGGUGGUGAAUGUCAGCUAUGAGAAAAUCUCAGAAACCUCCUAUGCUGUGGUCAUUACAUUUAACCUGGUUAAUAUCAGCAUGCCAGAGGAUCCUGACAACAGAAUCAACACCAAACAGCAAGUGCAGGACAAUAUCAAUAAUGCGCUGAACUAUCUUCUGAAUGAACCUGGCAAGACAUUUUUUGAACCCAAGUCCUCCAAUUUUACGAGCUCUUCAAACCAGAUUGAAGGCAGCAUGGACUACAGCUUCCAGGAUGGAGAUACCAUACAACCAGUCAGCUUCCUAAAUGAACUACGUCGGCCAACCACGACAACAUUGCUUCCAGAAACAACAACUGGUUUCUCUGUGACCCCUUCAAAUCUCAUAUCUGGUUCAGCAGUGGUCACAAGCAAGCUGGUGUUCAACUCCUCAUCUCCAGUCCCCAGUGAAGCUCUGGUCCUCAGCGCUAUCAACACUCUCCGUAAUUCCAGAGAGUCACAGCUGAAUGAAUCAGUGAAGGUGGUGAAUGUCAGCUAUGAGAAAAUCUCAGAAACCUCCUAUGCUGUGGUCAUUACAUUUAACCUGGUUAAUAUCAGCAUGCCAGAGGAUCCUGAAAACAGAGGCAACACCAAACAGCAAGUGCAGGACAAUAUCAAUAAUGCGCUGAACUAUCUUCUGAAUGAACCUGGCAAGACAUUUUUUGAACCCAAGUCCUCCAAUUUUAGGAGCUCUUCAAACCAGAUUGAAGGCAGCAUGGACUACAGCUUCCAGGAUGGAGAUACCAUACAACCAGUCAGCUUCCUAAAUGAACUACGUCGGCCAACCACGACAACAUUGCUUCCAGAAACAACAACUGGUUUCUCUGUGACCCCUUCAAAUCUCAUAUCUGGUUCAGCAGUGGUCACAAGCAAGCUGGUGUUCAACUCCUCAUCUCCAGUCCCCAGUGAAGCUCUGGUCCUCAGCGCUAUCAACACUCUCCGUAAUUCCAGAGAGUCACAGCUGAAUGAAUCAGUGAAGGUGGUGAAUGUCAGCUAUGAGAAAAUCUCAGAAACCUCCUAUGCUGUGGUCAUUACAUUUAACCUGGUUAAUAUCAGCAUGCCAGAGGAUCCUGACAACAGAAUCAACACCAAACAGCAAGUGCAGGACAAUAUCAAUAAUGCGCUGAACUAUCUUCUGAAUGAACCUGGCAAGACAUUUUUUGAACCCAAGUCCUCCAAUUUUAGGAGCUCUUCAAACCAGAUUGAAGGCAGCAUGGACUACAGCUUCCAGGAUGGAGAUACCAUACAACCAGUCAGCUUCCUAAAUGAACUACUUCGGCCAACCACGACAACAUUGCUUCCAGAAACAACAACUGGUUUCUCUGUGACCCCUUCAAAUCUCAUAUCUGGUUCAGCAGUGGUCACAAGCAAGCUGGUGUUCAACUCCUCAUCUCCAGUCCCCAGUGAAGCUCUGGUCCUCAACGCUAUCAACACUCUCCGUAAUUCCAGAGAGUCACAGCUGAAUGAAUCAGUGAAGGUGGUGAAUGUCAGCUAUGAGAAAAUCUCAGAAACCUCCUAUGCUGUGGUCAUUACAUUUAACCUGGUUAAUAUCAGCAUGCCAGAGGAUCCUGAGAACAGAGGGAACACCAAACAGCAAGUGCAGGACAAUAUCAAUAAUGCGCUGAACUAUCUUCUGAAUGAACCUGGCGAGACAUUUUUUGAACCCAAGUCCUCCAAUUUUAGGAGCUCUUCAAACCAGAUUGAAGGCAGCAUGGACUACAGCUUCCAGGAUGGAGAUACCAUACAACCAGUCAGCUUCCUAAAUGAACUACGUCGGCCAACCACGACAACAUUGCUUCCAGAAACAACAACUGGUUUCUCUGUGACCCCUUCAAAUCUCAUAUCUGGUUCAGCAGUGGUCACAAGCAAGCUGGUGUUCAACUCCUCAUCUCCAGUCCCCAGUGAAGCUCUGGUCCUCAGCGCUAUCAACACUCUCCGUAAUUCCAGAGAGUCACAGCUGAAUGAAUCAGUGAAGGUGGUGAAUGUCAGCUAUGAGAAAAUUUCCGAAUCUUCCUAUGCUGUGAUUUUUAAAUUUAAUAUGAGUGACAUCAACAUGCCAAGGGACUCUGGACUCAGAGACAACAUCUACCUGCAAGUACAGGAUACUAUCAAUAAAGCGCUUAACACUCUUCUGAAUGAACCAAACAGUCCAGCUUUAAAACCCACCCCAUCCAACUUUAGGAGUACAUUAAAUAAGAUUGAGGGCAGUAUGGAGUACAACUUCCAAAAUACAGAUGUCAUAAAACCAGUCAGCUUCUUACAGACACUUAGUUCACUGACAGUCUUAACAACAGCCAGUACUCUGACAACAAGCAUAACUUCUCCACCAACCUUGUUCGGGAAAGCUUAUAUAAAAAUCCUAUUGGUGUUUCACACACUGGGCCCAGUACCUAGUAAGGAUUACAUUCUAAACGUGGCCAACUCCUUGCUCAACCCACGUUACAAAACUAAAGUAGACAUAACUCCAACCCAGAGUACGAGCUUUGUGGAUAUCAUCUAUGAAAAACUUAAUGAGACCUCCUAUGCUCUCACAUUUGAGUUUGAAAUCAGUAAUAUAUCCAUGUCUGAGAAACGUGAACUAAGGAAUGAAACCUACACUUCAAUCAAAAGAACUAUGAAUACAUUGCUUGGCAACAUCCUGAAUGAUCCAUCAGCUUCUCAGUUUGAUCUGCAAAAUGUGAAAUUCGAUGAUAACAGCACAGUGAUUAAUGCCAGUGUUCAGUAUGUCUACUCACAAAGUGACUUGAACAUAAACAGCACCUUUGUCAAGGAAAUAUUCAGUGCUAAGGAAGUCUUAACAACAGCCAGUACUCUGACAACAAGCAUAACUUCUCCACCAACCUUGUUCGGGAAGGCUUAUAUAAAAAUCCUAUUGGUGUUUCACACACUGGGCCCAGUACCUAGCAAGGAUUACAUUCUAAGCCUGGCCAACAUUAAGCUCAGCCCACGUUACAAAACUAGAGUAGACACAAUUCCAACCCAGAGUACGAGCCUUGUGGAUAUCGGCUAUGAAAAACUUAAUGAGACCUCCUAUGCUCUCACAUUUGAAUUUGAAAUCAGUAAUAUAUCCAUGUCUGAGAAACGUGAACUAAGGAAUGAAACCUACACUUCAAUCAAAAAAACGAUUAAUACAUUGCUUGUCGACAUCCUGAAUGAUCCAUCAGCUUCUCAGUUUGAUCUGCAAAACGUUAAAUUCGAUGAUAACAGCACAGUGAUUAAUGCCAGUGUUCAGUAUGUCUACUCACAAAGUGACUUGAACACAAACAGCAUCUAUUUCAGUGCUAAGGAAGUGUUAACUACAGCCAGUACUCUGACAACAAGCAUAACCUCUCCACCAACCUUGUUUGGGAAGGUGAUCAUAUAUAUCACCCUUUUGUUUAAAACAAAGGGUACUAUCCCAAGUGAGGGUAACGUUGUAAAUGUGGCUAACGGCCUGUUGACCGGAAUGAAACUCAGAGUUAAACGAUCCAUCACAGCAAAAGAUCUGGCUGAGCUUGUGAACUUUGUGAAUGUCACCUAUACAAAAAUCAAUGACAACUCCUUCUCUCUGAACUUUGGAUUUGAAAUCAGCAAUAUAUCCAUGUCUGAAAAAAUUGAAUUCAGGAAUGAGACCUACACAGUGAUCCAGGACUACAUAAAUAAAUUUGUGUCCACGAUCCUGAAUAGGACAACAACUACUAACUUUAAUUUCAAUCAGAUCGUUUUCAAGGGUAACUCCACCGUGAUAGAGGCCAAUGUACAGUAUGUUUUCACAGACAGUGACAUCGGCACUUUCGGCUUGGUCAGCACUUUGCUCGGACCUACUGUAACAGCUGCUCCAACCACCUAUUACCCCACAGUCCUGACCACUGCAAUGUUAAACAACAGUACAAAUGCAGCAUGGAUUGUGGCUAUCAUUGUCCCCUGCGCUAUUGUCAUCGGCCUCGUACCUUGCUGGAUUCUUCUUUGCUGUUUGCUGUGUGGUUGUUGUGGCGCAAUCAGGAGACGUUGGCACAGAAGACGGUCGUACAAUGUACAGUACGCACAGUACGCACCUCGAAACAGCAUCUUCUAGAGAUAUUCAAAAAAAUCCUUUGAUGCUUUAAAUAUGAAUUUUCCUGUAUUGCUGGGCAUACAGAACCUCUCUUAAUGUGAUACAACUGUGAUUUAAAACAACAACAACAACAGCAACUACUAUUUAAGGAAUGAUUUUAUUUAUUUAAAAAAAACUGCUAUGUAAAGUAAUGAGAAUCUUGUUUUUUAAAUGAAAGAUUUAUUUGGUAGUAUGUAUUUAAUGUUAAGGGGAAAAAAUCUAGAAUGUGUUGAUCACUUCUUUAUUCACACAUGUACU